AUGCCCGAUCAACAAAUGCAGGGUACCACAGACGGAGGGCCACACCGGACCAUCCCCCUCCCCAUCGAGCUCGUGAUCGAGAUUCUCGAAUAUACGCUAGUCAAACGCCAGUAUAUCCGUGAGCUCGCACUUGUGUCCAAGCUGACCACCGAGCUGUACUACAAGCUCGUCUACCGCACCAUCAUCCCCCGCACCUCGCGCGGCAUUAAGCUCUUCGAGCGCACCGCAAUAGACGCGCAGCAGGGCCUUAUCCACGAGCACGUCAAGCGCGUCAUCAUCAUCUAUCUCGCCUGGGCCUCCGUGGAGCUCCUUGCGGUCCGUUGCGUCGAGCAGUCCCUGUGCCACGACGCGUGGCGCAUCGUGCGCUCGUGCACCGGUGCGCACACGUUCGCUUUCCCCGGCCCCUUCAUCCCCUACUUCCUCAAGCGUCUGCGCUCCGACCCCAUCCGCCGCAUCACGCGCCACACCCACUUCACCUUCGGCAACUUCUUCGUCGCCCCGCGCGUGGUCCUCGCGCACCUCGGCCCGCUCCCGCGUCUCACGCACCUCUGCGUCCCGCGCCGGCUCGACGUGUAUCCCGCGCACGACGCGCACGACGCCGCGUUCGUCGACGACGUGCGCGUAAUUCUCGCCGAGCGCUCUGCGCUCGCGCACCUCGUCGUCGGCGCGUGCCCGCCCCUGUGCAAGUACAAAUACGCCAUUUACGAGGAGCCGCGCCACCCCGAGGCGGAGGAGCAACAGUGUCUCGCCGCGCCGGUGUGGCGCGCGAUCAAGGCGCUGCAGGAGACGGAGGCGCGGCUCCUGAUGGUGCGCGGGGACGUUGCGGGCGUGUGGUGCCGGGAGUGGGACGCGGUAUUGUUUGACUUUUGGGCGGAUGUCGUCAGAGAAGGGUUACUCGAGAGGGAGCGAGAGGCGCUGCCGGAGGCGGAGAGGCCUCUCGGGAAGUGGCAGUGGCCGUAA